CUGACAGUCAUUACCAAAUCAAACCUUGUCUCGAGCACAUAUUCAUUAUCAAGAACUAUGGCAAAACUGACAAAGGAAGAUAAAUAUAAACUCCAGAAUUUAAUUGGUGACGGUCCAAAGGCAUUUGAAAAGCUCUACAGUGCCAAGGAAAACGGAUGUGAUGCAGUUGCUUUCCACAAACACUGUGACAACAGAGGAGCGACGUUGACGCUGGUUUACAACUCGGUUGGUGAUGUUUACGGUGGAUUUACUACGGCUAGCUGGCAGUCAGUCACCAAUCAUAUGGUAUACGACACCAGCGCGUUUCUCUGUUUACUACGGAGGGAAGGUAAUACUGAAGCCAUCAAAUUCUCAAUAAAGCUGCCUCCUUCAGCUAUAAUGUUAGACGAAGAAAGUGGACCAGCUUUUGGUAGCGGGCCGGAUCUACAGUUAUUCAGAGGGAAAAUUUCGCCGGAAGCAGAUGGGAUGUUUAUCCUUAACUCAAGCAUGGUACCUACUAGUUAUGUAAGCUUGCCGAAGUCCCUUGCUGAUGAGAUAACAGGAGACGCGAGUGUUAGUGACAUAAUGGUUUAUAGCGUUAAAGACGCUUCUGAACAACUGAUGGAAAUUCCCUGGAGACCAGAACCGAGGUUUGACAAGGAGUAUCUAAACGACUUGAUGGAUGAAGUUGAAGGCUACUGGCCUCUUAAGGAUAUGGGUGUGAACGAAAAUGCGUUACAAAACGUCAACAUUCUUUUUAUCGGACCUAUCGGUGCAGGCAAAUCGAGUUUUCUCAACUCAGUUGAAUCUGUGUUCCGUGGUCAUGUAACUAUGUCCGCCAGUGCUGGAAGCCGAACAAAAAGUGUGACUUCAGCAUACCGUCAGUACCCUAUCACAGCGUCCGAUAACAGGCAGUACUUAAGAUUCCAGCUGUGUGAUUGUAGAGGUCUGGAUGACGGCAACAACAUCACCAAGGACAUCGAAGCUAUUCUGGAGGGGCAUAUGCCUGACAAUUAUACGUUCAAUAUUUCCAAUCCGCUGACGAGUACAACUCAUGGCUUCAGGAAAGAUCCUAAGCUGAAGGACAAGAUUCAUUGUGUGGUGUACGUUCUUGAUGCAGAGAAAUAUUCUGCCGACUUAGACAUUUCCUUUGUAACUGCUGAUGUUAGGGACCAAAUAAAGGAUAUUCAAGACAUGGUUGACCAAAAAGGAAUCCCACAACUGAUUCUGCUUAACAAAGUGGACAACGCCUGUACAUUGACCAAACAAAACGCAGCUAACGUCUAUAAGAGUGAAAAAAUCCUGAUGAAGUGCAAGGACGCCGGCAAUUGUCUAGGCCUACCACCAAUGACGGUGAUGCCAAUGAAGAACUACUACAUGGAGCCAUCUACUACAGAUGAUAUCAGCAUACUUGCCUUAUACAACAUUCGCCAGAUGCUGCGAGCUGCCGAUACCUUCCUUCGCGUCAACCAUCUGGACGAACUUCGGUCGGAUAAAUAUGAAUCAAGUUACAAUUAAAGAAAUGCAUGAAAAAAAGAAGCGACUACAUGUCAACUACAUUUACACUUAAUAACUGUGACUAUCAUAUGACAGGUACCGUUUGAGGGACUGAGGAUUAAAACAUUAUUACAAUGACUAUUUUCACUACAUGAAAUAUAGGCCAUUGCAGGAAGUCUUUGGAGUCCUCCGAAGGAAAGUGUUAACAAUAUCGUUUUUAAGUCAUUUAACGCAAUUUCUUUUUCGUCAUAAAAAAUAUGAUAAAAUGUUAUCAUCUCUGAAUGAUUUUUGUUUUUAAAAAAAAGCAGAGAUUACAUCCGUCGUCAUUUGCAUUUCCGUCAGAGGUGUUAUGAAAAUUACGAGAUGAAACUUCAGGGUCCAAAAUUUACAAUUGCCAUCUUUCUGUUUUUACAAGAGGAGUCUGCUAUACUUUCAUUUUAUCAUAACUGCAGAUUACGGCCCUACAAUCAAUCUGCUUUAGAGAAGUUACCCACAUUUCAUUGAUGAUAUCAAACAAAUCCUUAUUUCUUAUUCCAAAAGAGUUUUUAACAGUUUCAUUAAAACAAUUUGUUCAUGUGCAAGAUGGAAAGUCCUUUGUAACCUUCAUAAUUACAUAGUUUUGCUCUUUAUCGUUCUUGUAUAACCUGUUGGUUUCAUAGAUAUAUUGACAGGACUGUGAAAAGUAGUCAAUGUAAACAAAGCCCAAACUUUGCGAUCUAUUAUUCAUUGUCAACUGUAUAGAUCUUUUCAGCGUUCUUUAAACUGAUUUUGUCAAAUCAAGUCAGACACACAGCAGUUCAAGACAUCAUUCAGCAGUAUUAUCAUUAUAACAAUUAUUAUCUAAAAUAUGUGAUCUGCCUUUUCGCAUGUAACUAAAUGAUUUUGCAGAUAGUGGAUAUAAAUACAGCCAUCAGCGGAAAGAAACGUUUGUCGAUUUACAAAUUAAAUGAUACUUGAGUAAACCCACCUUUGCUAAAAGAUCUUCAGUGAAAGUUCAAUUUAAUCAAAGAGAGGUGAUACAAAAGUGAUUUUUUUCACAUUGAAACCAUGGGUGGUAAUCCUAGAAUAUCUUAAUCAAAUUAUGAAUUUCCCCAGGGUCUAAUUUCUCCCUCGGUGGGGAGGUAAAUUUGCUAUAGUACCCACAUAAAGAUUGGUUAGAAUUGUUAACAUUGAAUGACAUUUUCAUUUUUUCCAUAUAUGCCCAUGGGCGAUAGGAUCAAAUUGGCAGAGAAACCUGGAUGUUUUCUUUCAUCAAUUCCUUGAAGCACACACUCCCCUUUUCUUAACAAUAUGCUAGAAAUUUGUUAGGAUAGUUGUAUUGUUUUUGAUGGAUUCGCGUGACCUCUCUCAAAGUUUAUUUGCACAAUCACCUUCUAAAAUAGUUCUUAUUUUGUUAACAGUGGUUUUCUGUGCCAAUCAAACAGGGUUAAGAUUAUGAUCUUGAAAUUGAAAUAAUCCUUUGUUCAAUUAACAAUAAUAACGAUCUUAAAGAUCAGAUCAAAGACAGGGCACUGACAGAUAAAUUUGCCUUGCAGAAUUUCCUAUAUCGAAAGAGACCCAGUUGUUUGUUGCAAUAACAAAGUAGACAUCGGCGCUUGAUAUGUAAAUACUUAACCUUUCAACGAUUGGAUUGCAGUUCGGCUAAAUGUGUCAGCGUUUGAUAAGGGAAUCUAUACAUAUAAUGCAAAAAAGUAAAUUAUUUCCUUGCUAUGAUUGUGGGAAACACCACUUACAGGUACAUAUAUGGAAUAAAGUACGGAGCUAACAAUAAUAAUGCGAGAAUCUAGUUAAUCCUACUGUCAAUGUCAAUGGUGAUGAAUGAUUUUGAAAGCUCUGCAACAUGCGAUCAAAUUGUUACAUAGAUAUUUUUUUCAUUAGAUCAAAUUUAAUCAAAUUUACUAGUUUUGUAUAAUGUCAUUCACUGUAAAAAUAAACAUAUUUCUACAAAA